UUCUGCAGUGGCAGCAAUUUGUUGUAUAUUUUCUCAGCGCCAUUGCUUUUUACCGAUGUAAUGUUGAAAUGAUUAUAAUCCGUUUUAAUCGGCAAAUAUAUGUGAUGUUUUAGCAAAAGAUUGAAGUGAUUGUGUACUAAAACUAUCGAACUUCUUAAAGUUUUUGUGCUGGGCUUUGUCAUGGCCGGUAAGUGGUGACUUUUAGCGCCCCAUAGUCAAGGGCGAAGUCGGAUUUGGGAAUCGCAAUAAGUCGAAGAUGUUUUAUCGUUCAAACUCAGACGGCAAUGGUGGGGAGACAACAUGGUGUUUCAGCCAGGUGAAAGGCACUCUAGAGGAUGAUGUGACUGAGGCGGACCUAAUCUCGUGUGUCGAGUUCAACCAUGAUGGAGAAUUGCUUGCCACCGGAGACAAGGGUGGCAGGGUGGUUAUAUUUCAGAGGGACCCGGCAUCGAAACAGUGCGUUCCGAAGAAGGGCGAAUACAACGUGUACUCGACGUUCCAGUCCCACGAGCCGGAGUUCGACUACCUGAAGUCGCUGGAAAUCGAAGAGAAGAUCAACAAGAUACGGUGGCUCAAGAGGAAGAACCAGGCGCACUUCCUGCUUUCCACUAACGACAAGACUAUUAAAUUAUGGAAGGUGUCAGAGCGGGACAAGCGCGUGACGGGGUACAACACGCGCGAGGAGGGCGGGCGGCCGCGGGACCCGGCGCGGAUCACGCAGCUGCGGGUGCCGCAGGUGCGGCCCGCCGAGCUCAUGGUGGAGGCCAGCCCCAGACGGAUAUUCGCGAACGCGCACACAUACCACAUAAACUCGAUCUCGCUUAACUCCGACCAGGAGACGUACCUGUCCGCGGACGACCUCCGCAUCAACCUGUGGCAUCUCGAGAUCACGGACCAGAGCUUCAACAUCGUCGAUAUCAAACCCGCCAAUAUGGAGGAGCUCACUGAGGUUAUAACCGCAGCGGAGUUCCACCCGACUGAAUGCAAUCUCUUUGUAUAUUCUAGUAGUAAGGGCACGAUCCGCCUGUGCGACAUGCGCGCGGCCGCGCUGUGCGACCGGCACGCCAAGCUGUUCGAGGAGCCCGAGGACCCGCAUGCGCGCUCCUUCUUCUCCGAGAUCAUCUCCUCCAUCUCAGACGUCAAACUCUCCAACUCGGGCAGAUACAUGAUGUCGCGAGAUUACCUAGGUUUAAAAGUGUGGGAUCUCCGCAUGGAGACGAAGCCAGUAGAGACAUAUCCCGUGCAUGAGUACCUGCGCUCGAAGCUGUGCUCGCUGUAUGAGAACGACUGCAUCUUCGACAAGUUCGAGUGCUGCUGGAGCGGGGACGACCAGCGCCUCAUGACGGGUUCCUACAACGGAUUUUUCAGGCUGUUCGAGCGCGGCGUGGGCGGCGCGCGGCGCGGCGAGCUGACGCUGGAGGCGGCGCGGGACGCCGCCGCGCGCCCAAGGCAGCCGCUGCGCCCGCGCAGGGUCGCCGCCACCGCCAAGAGGAAGAAGGACGAAAUAAGCGUGGACUGUUUGGACUUCAACAAGAAGAUCCUGCAUACAGCGUGGCACCCUCACGAGAGCAUCAUCGCAGUAGCGGCCACCAACAACCUGUUCAUCUUCCAAGAUAAGUUCUAGCCUCCCGCCUAGCGUAUCUAGCCUAGCCUAGUAACGAGGACGUUAACUAACAGCAGACGGUAGAAGGGAACCAACUUGCAAUCAACGGUAGACAGAAAAAUCACUGCAAUCAAAGGACGAUACAGCCGUGAGGAAUUGUAUCGUUCAACGGAGCUAAGAAGGUGGUGGAUGACCUAACCAUAAUGUCGGGAUGCAGACGACAAGUAAUACAUAAUGUUUUGUCUGGUAUCUCGACAGAUCAAGGAUUGAGUGAGGUUAAAAUAGUGAGAAUUGAAACCAUGGAUUUCACGGCAAAGGACUUAAUAUUUGAAUGUUUUUUUUUAUUAAUUUUUGGUUAGGAAUGUAAAGUUGUGAUGUUCUACAAAAAAGAUUAAAAAAGCUGUAGGAACUUGGCAGUAGCGAAAAUAUGUCAGCAGUUGUCAUUUGUCAGAAAAAGACAAAAACAAGAUGGCGUAAAAAUAGCCGCCAUUUUUGUAUUUACACCAGUGUUACCAGCAGAAAAUUUACUACUACUAUUUACUAACUUAUUCUACUAUGGUCAUAGCUCUCAAGUCCUACUAAUUGUUAUAUUUUAAAACAUAUUAAGAAAAGCAUACGCGCCAAAAUUCGACAUUCUUUUCUGUAGAACGUCACAAUUGUAGGAGAACUUAAAAAGAGACAUUGUGCAUACGUAAGGGUUACUACAGCAAUAGAUGAGGUCUUAAAUGUACUGUUAUGUGCUAUUUCAUUCUCUUGUAAGAGUUGUGGCAUUGACAGAUGUUCGUGAAAUGUAUAAAAGCAAUAAGCCAUACACUGGCAUGAAAAUAUCGAAAGUAUUACAAAAUAUAGAUACACGAAAAAAAAAAACCAUUUUCAUUAUUUACUUAUCAUGCAAAAAUGCCUCUAAAAAUUUAAUAGAUUUUAUUCAAUCGCGCAUGACCUCUGGUCCUAGUAACAACAAAUAUUGAGGGAAAACGGGUUAUUUUUCGAAUUUCAAAUUGAAUUUUUGUAUUGAUCUCAAAAAAAAUCUGUCAGAUGUCAAAAAGUUUAAAUUCAGUAUGUAACACAAAAAGUAAGAUAUGACUGAUAAAUCCUACGGGAUUUUGUUCUUAAUUGGAUGUAUACGAUGGCGUUUUGAAGAGAUCGUGUGUUUAGGUUUGUAUAACUAGCGAGAUAAAAAGGAAUGUAAAGUUACAAUAAGUUGCAAAUAUUUUUACACAAAAUUGUUUGUCUUUCAAGUAUAUUUGACAUUGACAGUGUAGGGGUAACCCUGAUCAUUGAACUCACAACCUACACGAGAGAAAAGGAAGUGAGUCGAGUAAAAUCAAAUGUUUUUAUGAAUUAUAUCUCAUACAAUUUCGUACUAUAUCGAACCCUUCACCAAUACUUUUGACUACUAGUUAUAGAAACUUCACACGCUGUCUCUAGCACUGCAACACAACUAAAAAAAAUAUGUAAAGAGAUAAUGCAUUAAAUGCUCCUUAGUCUCAAAAGAAAAUGAAUAAAAAAAUGAUUGUAAGGAAAAUGCCGUCGAAGGUUAGUGUAGUCCUCUUUACUUCGGGCUAGUGUUACAAGUCAUAGCAAUGGUAGCUGUCGAUUGAGUUUAAAAGAGUGUAUAAUAUAACAUACCAUUUACAGCCAAUAUUGUCCCAGUACUGGUAGAGGGCAUAGAAAAAAAAAAAAAACUAUUGGACUUGAAAUGUAUAGUCAAACCGUAAUAUUUAUUUCUUUUGUUAUACUUUGGUUGUAACGCCAAAUUCCAAUUAUAUAGUGGGAACUCAACUCAAGAUCUUAGAGAUGUGAUAUUAAAACAAAGCUAAUCUUCGUUCACUGCCGGGCGUAGGCUUUCUUUCAACAUUGAGACAAUUUGGGGAAACUACAGCAAGACGCUAGUUAUCAACAUAAACACAACAAAUAUUGUGGAAUUCGAAUAGAAGUAGCUUAUUUAACUUCUCAGAUAACUCUCGCAAUAUUUGUCGUAGGUUUUUCGCGUCUAUGUAGUUUAUAAACGCGACUUUACAGUGGAUGGGAGUGACUAGUACGGUCACCACGAGUACUAGUAUGUACACACUUUGAAACCAUGUCACAUUAACUUUUUUGACAAAUUAAACCGUAAGUUUCGUUAAAUGUCAAACAUGAUAGUGCGACAGGGUCCUAAAGUGGGUACAUGAUAUUGCUCAUGACUGUACAGGAAAUACACUCGACUAGUCUGUUUGUCGGCUUAUUAGCCAUUUUGUGGUCACACUUCUGUCUAAACUUGUUUGAAGAACCUGUGCCCUAAUAGCAUUUAGUCACUCUUCGUUUUUACGUAAACAAAUAUUAAAUAUUAUCACUAAAGAUGCAAUUUCACAUUGAAGUUACAUUAUUUUCAUUCAAACAUCACAAUUUAUCAUAAUGUUACUAUCCUCUUGUAAAGUACUAUUGACAGCUAUCAAUGUAGUUAUAUUGUUAAAUCGUGUUGUGUCGUAUUGUAUGGAAUUAAACUAAUAACAUUAUGUAUAUACAGUUUUGUAUUGGCCUUAACUGGUAAUUAAAAAAUGUAUUGAAGUCAAAUUGAUAUAGGUUUGAAAUUCCCAUCUGCGGUUCUCCUAUAUUCAUUAUAAUAAGAUAUCAAAGCUACUUAGUUUAAAUAAGAGAAAACAAUGCAAUAAUAUCGAUUACUAAAGUUGUUAUAAGUUACUCAGUAAAUAGUUCCAUACAAUAUUUUUCCAUACAACAUUUCUCCAUACAUAAUUUUUCCAUACAAUACGACAGAACGCACGCUAGCUAGAAUCGUAAGUCCGUUACUUGAUAAUUUAUACGCUUUUCAUACUUAAGGUUCUAAGCGUAAAAUAAGUAUUUAUUGUUAAAUAAAAAAAAAUGAAAAACAAGUUGAUAAGGUGAAGCUCGACCUUGAAUAUGAGAUUAGUUAGGUAUAUCAAAAUGAUAUCGAAUGGAUAUUAAAAAUUUGUCGCCUUAAAGUUUUGACAAACCUGUUCCUUUUGUAGAGUAGCUAUAUUUGUUUACGUUUUGUCUAUCAAUUUUAACAAAAUACUCGAAUAGUUUGCCUAUUCGGUGUUUCUCGAAUACUAUCUUGGCGAGACACCAAGGCUAAUAGUACAUAGGAGACUAAUAAUAUUUCAAUAAUCUUGAAAUCUUCACUUCUUCAGUUUCAUAUAGACAAGACUGUUGAUAAAUAUAGCAUAUUCUUGGUUUGGAUAGUUUUUGUUAAGCGUUUAGGUCACAGUUGUAUGCAAAAUGCGUGGCUCUGGCUGCCCCGUUAUCGCUUACGAGCGUGACUAUCAAAUAAACGAGUAACCUUAGAUCUUUUUAAAUGCAUAGUAAAAGCAAGCUUUAAAUAUGACACAGUAUAAAUAAGUAGGAAUAAAAUAAUCAAUUUUUUUUCAAUAAAUCAGCACAUCAUUGAUUUAUGUCAGUUGGGCUGGUCUAUAACGGCCACAUUGAAGCAAUGAGGGACAUUUCAAGCUACGUUCCUUAAAAAACAAUAUAGAUGGUAUGUCGUAGUGAGUUUGGCGCGAGUUCAGAUGGUUCCGAACAUUCCGAUAUCAAAUACAUAAACAAGCGGCAAAGAAAGAGGGUAGACAGAUAUGUCUGCCCGUAGAAAAUUAUGGAUCUACAUACUCCACUCCAAUCUCAUCAGUCAUCCCGUGAUCAUGGCACUUGCAACAGUGUCGAAAUAUCGGGAGUCUCAUAUCCCUACUUUAAACGCGGUAAGAACCCGUUAUUAUGUGUUUUAAUUAUGAUAAUAACCGCGUAAACUGUAUGCAUUGGUUGGCACUGUACAGAUUUGCCUUCGUUUAACCUUGUAAUUUGCAUCUAUAAUCGUUGUUUUGGGUAUAGAUGACCCUUUUUAUUACACUCAGGCACUGAUUAUUAUUAUGAUCAAAAUAAAGAGAAGCAAUACAGGUAGCAACAUAAUUCUAUACAAUAUCUGAUCCAAAUAUCGAGCAAUAAUUAUUUUUAUAUAUGCGUCUGCCAUUAGAUUACAGUUUUGAAUAAUUAUGUACCAGAGCAAUGAGAGAAUAGGUAAUUAUCACGUUAAAUCUGUGCAACGCUAUCUGUAUUGUUUCUGGGGAACGUAGUCUAGAAAAUUCCUCAUUCAUCUAAACAGCAAUAUGGCAAUUUGACAUUUGCGCAUGUAAAAGUAAUUUGUGCAAGAAUAGCAAUAUUACUUUUUUAAAUGAAUCGCUCCGAUGUGGCUUUGUUACUAACCUUCCAGAUCAUAAAUUAGUCAAAGGCUUAAGGCGACAAAUCUAACAAAAUUGGUGUUCGUAAAACCUAAGGCUAAAGGAAUUUAUGAAUAUCAAUAUUGUCCACCGUUUUGUUAGAGGCGAUUCAUGUAGUAUAUGCAAGUUCUAAUUAUACAUCUCUUUAAGUAAUCUUGAGUAAAGAUCUUGUAAAGAACAUAAGUUUCAACUAUAUCCCAAUUGGGGUAGGCAGAGGUACAUCCAUCGCAUGAUGAACUGAGUCAGUGGGUGAGGUGUGGACCUCACCAACCGUUCUGUUAGACCAACGUGAUAGGUGAGCCGUAUCGCCGUUUAUUCUAGUAUAAGCAGAUGGUUUUCGUACGUUUGACAAACUUACAUUGACCAUCCGACUUCUAUCAAAUCUUAUUUAGCCUAACUGAUCCCACUGCUGGGCAAAGAUUUCCCUUUGAUCUUUCAUCAUAAUAACAUCAGUAACGUACAUACAUAGACAGCCUAUAAUACGUCCUACUGCUGGGUACAGGCCUCGCGGAUGGAGCAUACUCCACCACGCUGCUCCACUGCGGGUUGGUGGGAUAACAUCGGUAAAUGGUUUUAAAUAGGCUACUUGAUAACUUAGUCACAUGAGAUAUUUUUUGCGAAACGUCAAAACGAAAGUUUUCUUUAGAGUUUGUAUGGAAAUACUGCCCUGUGACGUCAUCAAUAAAAGCGGUCAAACGUCGUACUCAUUGUUACUCAAUUCAUGAAUCAAAUUCGAAAUUAAGUCGAAAAGUAAAAUUAGAUUAAUUUUGGUCAACUUAGACUGGCUUCUGAGCUAGCAUUUUGUAAUUUAUCUUCAACACAGUCAAAUAACCUUUUACUUGAUUGCUAUAUGAAUCGCCGCUACCCUCAAAUAAUACAUACGUAAUAAUGGAGCGCCCGAGUGCGACCUUUCAUUCGUAGGCCCGUGCCUUACACUGUAUGUAAUGUUUUGUUAUUUUUAUUUAUUAUUUACUAUACUUUUGUGAUUGUUUACUAUGAAUUCUUCAGCUAGGCAACAUCUGCUGGGGUAGAGAGAACGGAAUGAUUGCUGGAAACUAUUUUUAUUGUGACUUUGUUUAUAUAGUGGGUGCUUUUUAGAUGAAAUGAUCUGAACGGAUUUUAGGGCGAAAUUUUGUCUUUUUUUUUUAAUUUUCAAUAAUAAUAUUGUUGGUCAAAUCAAAAUUUUAAAGAUACAAUUUGUUAAAUAAUCAGAAACAUACGUAACUUCGUCACAUACAAUUAGACGUUUAAUUGAGUCUAACUUGGUCUAAAUUAACAUAUUACACUAGCGGCGAUGCCGCGCUGUGCAGCCACUGAUAGGCGUUGGACCAGGUAAGACACAGACCUACCACCUUACAAAUAAAAAAUAAACCAGGGAUGAACGUGAGCUUAAGUAUUUGUCAGCCAAGCAAAAAUUGAAUCAAAUUAUCAUACAAUUCAACUGAACUUUGCUUGGCUGUCAAAUACUUAAACCCACGUUCAUCCCUGGUUUUAUUUUAUUUGUAAAAUUUAAAUAAAACUUACGAUUACGUAUAUAAAAACAAUAAAUGUGACAAGUUCAUAAUGAUGUUAAGAUCGUUUUAUUUAAUGCGUACUCUACUUUUGAACAGAGGAAAAAUAUCAGUUGCAUUGCUAUUUUGUAAUAUAGAACAAUGUCUGACUUAAAACAGCAUUUGAAAUGAAAUAAGAAAUGCCAUGCAACUGAUUGAACAACAAUAAAAUAGUAAAUAUGUCACAAUAACAAAUCUUACUUCUCGAAGCCUCCAAGAGAUAAAAUGAAAUUGUAAUCGGUACCUUGGGAUUCAUUGGGCAUAAAUUACUUACGGAAACAUUUCGAUUUCUAUGUGAUUUUGUUUAAUAAUGUACGUGUAAGGAAGCUUAACAGUAUCUAAAAUAAAAAAUGUAAAUAUAGCGAACGAAUGGAGGCCUGAACAAUAUAUAAAUAUAGAAAUAUUUUGUCACAACAUGUAUGUACAGAGUUGUUAUAUAUUUUGUACUUUGUGUAAAGCUUGAUAAAGAAAAUUAUGUUCAUUAAUAUUUGAAAUGAAGUUUUUGAUCGUUUCCGUGUUUAGAACGAUGCUCCGUGUGAACUCCAGUUAGGAACAAGUUUAUGAACAAAUGUAGUUACUAUGAACUAGCGUUAGACAGACUUACACUAAGUUAAGGUGUUUAGUGUAGGUUUCACUGAUACGUUCCCAUUAAAGACUAAGGAGAUAUGCAAUAAUAUAGUCGUCUCGUUCGCACUCUGCGAUCCCUGAUGCGAGCGGAACAACAGAUCCGUUGUGGCAGUUGUGGCGACUGCUUGGUUGUAACAUGUUUCUAACUUCAGUCCGCACGCACGGGCGGUAUUGGCUGUAUUCAGGCACUUCCAUUGCUUGUGUCUAUUACCAUAAUCUCCGUAUUUUUUUUUGAUGUUGAUCGAUUUGUAUAGGAUGUGUUAAGUUUUAGUUUUUUUUUCCUUUUUGUAAGGGGCCCAGUCAAUUCCUCACGCGGGCUAGUUAUAAGCGAACACUGAAUUCAGAAGCUAUCUGCUACAUACUUAUUGGCCGAUAGAUAAGUGAUAAAUUAAAUGUGUGAUAAUUAUUAUAAUGUAACGCCUUCGCAGCUACGUUUCUUUGCUUCGGAAGCAUAAACAGGAAUUGACUACGUCCCCUGUGUCGAUAUAUCAAUGUAAAAUAAUGUGAGCUCUGUAGUGUAAAUGCAAAGACAACGAGUGACAGGGACGGAGCGAGUGUGGAGCGAGUGCGCGACGCGUGCCCGGCGUAAGUUAAGUCUAGUUUAUAGUUAGGCAAAAACUGUGAAAUCGCAGAACAGUGAAACAAAUAAUCAGGUUUUUCUUUCCUGCAUCGAGGGAUCAACAGAGUUUGCUUGUGAUAAUCGCAAUAAGCGGUGUGUUAGUGGUUUUUGGACUAAAUUGAAUGUGAAUAGACGAUGAUUUUUUUUUGUGUACCGUUUUGAUCCGGGGGGUCCUCGUGCGAUUGUUGACAACGAAUUGUGCUGUCGGCGCUGGGUCUGCGCGCUUGACCCGACACUAGCCUCUGAUGCCGGUAUAUGAAUUGUAACACUUGGCAAUUUAACACGGAGUGAGCCAAUCCCAAAUGUAUCACUGACGUUACAUCUGACGUCAUAAUCAAAAGCAAUAUGUAACGUUUACACCCUCACAGUUUUUUACCAAACACUCCCUGUUAAAUUGCCAAAACGCCGUAGAAUAUCACAAAAUCAUUGUUAAACACUUAUGUAUGUAAUAACCGGUGUGAGAGCAUAAAUUGUAAAUCACUGAUAUUGAAGUCUGUUGAUGUGAAGCCCCGAGAAAUAUGGAAUAUGUGCCAUGAUGUGUCGGGCCAAAUGCGCGGCAGGCACGAGAGUGUUGUUGAAUCCAAAAUAUUUCCUAUAAUAUAAAUUUUUAUAUCUGA